GAUGAGGAUAUGAGGGGUGGGGGAGGCGUCUCCAUAAGGACUACGGAUUCUUUAUUAUCAUAGGAACUUACUGUACAGUCACUAUGAGCCCGGUCUGUAGUGCAAACCGUUUUUGUGCCUCCUUGCAGCUUCUUACAGGAGAUCCUGGUUGUUGUUGAUGCUCCAGAGAUUUGUGAUGUUAAAAUUUGAAUCCCGAGGUCGAUCAGUCAGGAUUGUUCCGUGUGAAGGUGAAUUGCUAGGAGCCGUAGUGACCUUGGGACGGUUUGCUGAGGGCAGAACAUAAAUUCCUGAAGGGGCACAUGGUCCAGAGUGACAAGGCCAUCUGCUGCCGCCGCAGCAGGAGGAAGGUGUAGGGGGGUCGGAUGUGGGGUGCUAAGAAUUCCUUUGGCUGGGGUGUGGAGGGAGUAGAUAUUCUGGGACACUACUGCUAGUACCCGGCUGGGAUGUGCGUUUCUUUGCUGUUUUUCAAACGGAAAUUGAGUGGAGAUUGUUUUUGUGCUCUGGAUGGUGAGCCAGGAAUGUUGCACGUGUGACCAGGGAUGAUACUUUCCUGUUGUUUCAGCCCUCCACAUAAUGGUCUUGGUGUGUCGCCGAUCUACUUGCUUGGAUUUAGUUUCUUCUACGUCUCAGCAUUCGGAGCUGAUAGAGCCGGAUCUGAUAGGUUUCCUGGCACCGACCUUUCCCCGGGGGAACAUCGUCAAGGGAUCUUUGGAGUUGCACCGUCCAUGGAAAGGAUCUACUUUCUUCCUGCCUCAGUGAAACUGCAUGGCUUAAACGAAUGAAUAUUUUUAUGAGGCGCCUUGCACCAGAGAUGGGCCAGGACCAAACCAAGCAGCAGAUUGAGAAAGGCCUGAAGUUGUAUCAGUCCAAUCAGACGGACAAAGCCCUGCAUGUGUGGACUAAAGUGCUGGAAAAGACUUCAGAUCCUGGAGGGAAGUUUCGAGUGUUGGGGUGCCUGAUCACUGCUCACUCAGAAAUGGGAAAGUACAAAGAUAUGCUCAAGUACGCCCUUGAUCAGAUUGACACAGCCAGAGAAAUGGAGGACCCAGACUACCUGACUGAAGGUUACCUGAACUUGGCGCGGAGCAACGAGAAGCUGUGUGACUUCCAGAAAACCGUCUCCUACUGUAAAACCUGCUUAAACAUGCAGGGCACCACCGUGAGCCUGCAGCUCAACGGGCAAGUGUGUCUCAGCAUGGGCAAUGCCUACCUGGGCCUCAGCGUCUUCCAGAAAGCUCUUGAGAGCUACGAGAAGGCCCUACGCUACGCGCACAACAAUGACGACAAGAUGUUGGAGUGCAGAGUCUGCUGCAGUCUAGGGAACAUCUACAUCCAGCUUAAGGACUAUGAGAAAGCCCUGUUCUUCCCCUGCAAAGCAGCUGAGCUUGUCAGUGACUAUGGCCAAAGUUGGAGUCUGAAGUAUCGAGCCAUGAGCCAGUACCACAUGUCUGUGGCCUACAGGAAGCUGGAGCGCCUGCCCGACGCUAUGGAGUGCUGUGAGGAAUCUAUGAAGAUCGCUCUGCAGCAUGGCGACCGACCGCUACAAGCCCUGUGCUUACAAAACUUUGCAGACAUACACCGCUACAGACACGAUGUUGAUAAAGCGUUCCCUCGUUAUGAGUCCUCCCUUUGUAUAAUGACUGAGAUUGGAAACCGUCUCGGACAAGCACACGUCUAUCUGGGAGUUGCAAAGUGUUGGCUUCUGCAGAAAGAAUUUGACAAGGCUCUCGAGUCUUUGCAGCGAGCGCAGGAACUUGCAGAUGGGAUGGGAAACAAGCUGUGCACCCUGAAGGUUCACUGCCUGCGUGAGGGCAUCUACCGAAACCUUAAGCAGCAGGAGGACCUCAGGGAGGAAGUGGUGAAGUUCCUGCAGUGUGUCGAGGAGCUGGAGCUUUACUGCGGCAUGUGUGGGGAGUCCAUUGGGGACAGGAACCAAAAGCUGCAGGCAUUACCCUGUUCCCACAUCUUUCAUCUCAGGUGUCUGCAGACAAAUGGGACAAAGGGCUGUCCAAAGUGUUUCAAAUCCUCCAUUAAGCCUGGAUUUGUGUGAUUGCCAGCCUGGGUCAGCGUGUUGGAUCUGCAGACUCUGCAUGAUACCUUGCAGGCUGCUGACUGAUGGGGAAAUCAGCAGGCAGCCUCAGGAUGAGCGCUUCGGGAUGCCGACCUGAACCCGGUGCAUCCUGGAUCAGGGCUGACUGACGCAGAUGAAGGCAUCUUGUUUCAUUUAGACAUCAGUCUGACACUGUCGGUGGAGAUGAUGUGAAACUAUGAGUGUAAACCUUUCAGAGCUGAAACUCUGCAUCGUUUCUGGUGACUACCCAUCUGAUGCUCCCUUUACACAGAAAACGGACAUUUCUGACCUACUUUCUGUGUCUGUUGUGAUUAAUUUAUCUUUGGGAGAAUAAUUUUGAGAUGUCUCAAAAACCUCAGUCCCAUGACUUGUUUUUUCUUCAUCAGAUGGCGGAGUUUAAUGGAUUUCCGUUACUGUAGUCAUGUACAUACAUUUCUCAAGUUACUUUUGAAAAGAUGAAUUAUUUGAAAUCUGUUGUAAAACUAGACUCUCUUCACCACUGAGAAACUAGGAUGUCUUCGCACAUCAUCAGGCUCAUGCAGCUGUUUUAAUUGAAAUAAUUUAGGAAGCAGGAUAGACUCUCAUUAGACCUUUGACCAAUCACGUCACUUUUUGAAGGGAGAUGCAGUUUCUUUGUUUUCUUGUAAUUAUUUUUUAUAUCACUGGUUGUAUUUUAUCUAACAGCAUCAAGAGUCGUGGAUAAUCUGUGGGAGGAAAGCUAAGAAAGAAAUGUGUGCUUUUUUUUAUAUCCGUGCGUUGCCAGACAACAACAUAGAAAUUAUACAUCAAUUUACUUAUUUGUGUAAUAUUUCUUUAGUCAAUGAGUUUUACCAUAUUCCAUUUUUAAAAAAUGAAGUUUUGCCGACUCGGCUUGUGGUGAAGUCAGAUGGUGAAACCCUCGUGUUCAAGAAUUUUCUAGCUUUUAAAUCAGCUUCAGGGUUCAUGCUAACAUCUGAGUGUGUGUGUUUACUCAAGUUCAAGCUUGCGCCUACCCCCCCUCUAAAACUAAGAAUUUUUAACUGACAGUAUCUCCGACAGCUGAAUCUACCUCUGUUUUUGCCUCCAAGCCUUUAUAGGAAAACACAGUGACGUCACAAUGUUGAAAUUCAUGUGAUGUUUUUCUAGAAGUUAUAAUUAGUGACUUAAAUACAUUUAGUCAAUGUUCCUGUCUCAUAUGGAAACAUGUCUUGUUGGAAAAUAAAAGUCACCUGAAGUGAA